UAUAAUCUAGCGAUGAACUAUCACGAUGAUGCCCAACUGCCUUUAAGAGAGAACAUCUUUUUGCAUGCAUUUAUCAAAUAAUGAUGUGAUGCAUAUAUUUAUGAUUAGCGACAUUUUGUUCAUAGCAUUGCGUGUUUUGUGUCUGUUGAAAAAAGCUGUACCAGUGCGAACAUAUUCUGUCAAUUUCCCGAUGUACAAUGCAAGAUACCUCCAAUUUUCUGGAAGAAAGAGAAGCCUGAACAUCCAUCUAAGUUCAACAAAACAAUCAUCCCAAUACAAUGCCGCACUAUACCCGCCAAGUUCCAGAAAGUAACAAAUAGCACAAAUCCAGAACCAUCCCAUACCAGUACAGCCAUUUUUUCCGGCUGGUUCUUCGGCAGGCUAAUUGUGGUAGUGGCUGUCUAUAGCAGUUUGGACCUAAGUGUACUUGUUGAACUCUUGCGUCAUAGGGAUGAAGAG